AAACCUCCCAGUAUAAUUGGAAGGUCAAGAAGAAAAUGGCGGAUGGUUUUGUUGUCAACGGUACAAAGUGAAAAAAAUACUUUUCAAAGAAACUAAAAAAUUAAUAUUUGUCUGUAUGAAUGACAAUUUUAACUUGGAGAAAAUGCUUGUACAUUAAUUAUAACAAAAAUAUUCCUCUUUAUAACGAUGGGGUGAAAGUGCAUUUAGCUUGGACUUAUCUAUUCGGCUUUGUUAUUUAUUCGUAGUGCAAAUAUUUUCUUAUUUCGUAUUUUGUUUAAAAUCGAGGCUUCGGUUUUGUUCACGUUAUGGAAGUAGACGUUUUGCAAGAAACAGUUUCUGAAAAAUCUGAUGCAUCCAACCCAGGAGCCGAUUCGUGCGAUGAUACAAACGUAGUUGAAAGUUGCAAUUAUAGUAAGGAAAAUACACCAAGUUGUUCUUAUGAUAAAAAGGAUAACGGUAAGCACGUUAACAACAAGAAAGUUAUUAAGCAUGCACUACGACAACAAGCAAAACGUAGGCGUAAAAAUACAACAAUUGCAUCAGGUAACAACAAUAACACUCCUCUCCCUCGAAUUAUAGUUAAGCCACUUCCUCCACAAUCUGCAGAAGAGCCUGCUCCAGUCACUGUACAAAACACUACACCUAUUUUAAAGCCUCAACACACCACUCAGACAACUAUGAAGGAAGUUUUAGCUUCAAUACCAGGUUUUAACAUGAAGCCUAGAAAGAGAAGUAAUAAAAAGUUGUCAACAGCUGCCCAACUAGAACAAACCAAAGAAGGUUGUGUUGAUUUAGAGACCCCUGAUUCUAUACUGGUAAAUACUAAUUUAAGAGCUUUAUUAAAUAAAGCUACAUUUGCAGCAUUACCACCCCUAUAUCAGCACAAGUUAGUGCAGUUGUUACCUGCUGUUGAUAGACCUCCUUUAACAACCAGUAACUGUACAGACAUUGCUAAUCGUUUAAGUGUAUCAGGGCUAAACAAUGAAUUUUUUGCUCGAGCUUGCUUGGAAUGGCAAGAAAGGCUGGCAGAAGGAGAAUUUACCCCAGAAAAUCAGCAAAAGAUUAAGACUGAAGCAGAUAAGGAAAGAAAUAGAUUAGAUCCAUGGAAGUUAAAGCAUUUUGAACCCAUCUGGGGUGAUAAAAGUUUAGCAGAAAGUGAAGGGACUAAUAACAUAACAGAAUCAACACCUCUACCUAGACCUCCAAUUAAAACCACAAUUAAAUUAAGACCAACGACAUCGAUAAGCAAUAAAAAUAAAUCUGCCCCACUAGUGAAACGAAUGCGAACUGUAGGUGCUGUGACUCGUUCUUGCUCUAGUAUUAAGGAGGAAAUUGAAACAAUAAAAACCGAUGUUUCAACUAAAAUAGAAACAUUGAAUAAGAUAGAAUAUAGUAAUAAAGUAGAAGUGACUACAAAAUCACCAAUACCUGAUUUACUCCCCAUCAAAACUCAUAAAUCACAGCUACAGAAACUAGAAAAUAUACACCGAAACUCUAAUAUAAAAUUAAAUAAAUUAUCACCAGAAAUUAUAGUUUCUGAAAGGAAUGAAAAUAACUCCUCUCCAGUACAAAGCCUUGCUGAAUGUGGAGACACGCAGUCUAUUGUUAAUAUUAGUGAUGCAAUUAUGGAAACAGAAACAGAGACAAUCAUUAGCUUUAGAGAAAAUUCUGGUGAUACUAACGUACAAGAAAAACGGCGUAGAUCAUUAAGUUCUGACAGGGAUUUAAAGUCUCCAAAGCGUAAAACACCAAGUCCUGAUGUUAAAGAUGAAAUUCAAACUGAGUCCAAUGUUUUAACUAAUCUUAAAGAAGCACAGACAGAAACUGCAGUCUUAGAAAGUAAUCCAAAAAAUUCAUCUUGUGAAGUCAUUGAAGCAUCAACAAACAGUGUUUCAGAAAAUAUGUGUGAUAAUGAUCAGUCAUUAGAAGAAACAAGCAACUUAAUUUGUGAAAUGGCUGAUACAAACUAUACCAAGCAUGAAGAAGGUGGAGGAGAAGAAGAAGAAGAAGAGGAGGAGGAGGAGGAGGAGGAGGAAGAAAUAACACUGGAAAUAGAACAUGCCACCAAUACCAGUGAACAAAAGGAAGUUGAUGUACUUGACAAGGAAAUUCAAGAAAAGGGCCCUUCUCCCAAUGAAGACACAUUUAAUGAACGUAUAAAUCAUGUAGAAAAAGGAGAAACAAAUUUAAACUUAAAUACAGAAAAUCAAAUUGACAAAGAACAGUUAUAUUCUGAUAAUUCAGAAGAAAGACCUGAAGAAAUAGAUUCUUCUUCUUUGGCUGAUAAUUUACAUCAUCAACCUGUACAAAAUGAUUUACAUGAACAUUUUCAAAUGUUACCAAAUUCUAUUAUUCUUCAACAAGAAUCUAUGAUUUUGGAGAGGCCUUCUUGUCCAGAUAACUGUGAGAAUGUGCAGUGCAUUGAAGAAACAGCUGAAAAGCUGGAAGCAAGUGUUUUGGAGUCUGAUUUAGUACGGAAUUUGGAAGAUGAAACUGAGGACAGGUUUAUGGAUGCAGAAAAUUAUGUCCUUGAGUCUGGUCAAAUUACCUUAUCAUCUACACAAAAAAGUGAAAAAGAAAGGAUGGAUCCUAAUCUUCCACCUGACUUAUUUGGAAAUAGAUCAGAAGAUUGCUGGGCUGUGGUAGAUUCAAGUACGGAAAAAUUACUCGAAGUUCCCCUUCAUGCCCUAGAAACAGUCCCUGUUGGUAUGGUGGGUGCUGGCACAUCAUCAACUGACCAUGUUGAAGUAAUUCCUAUGCAAGAAGAGUUAGAAGUUCGCCUUGAAGAAGGUACCUUUCCCGUACCGACCGAUUGGCCCUAUGGAGUAAAAAUGGAUUCGGAUAUGGUUGCCGCAGCUUUGGGUAACAACGAAAACAACGGCAGUACUUCAGAUAAUUCCCAGCAAUCCCAGACAUUUCCCGAAUAUCCCGGUAACCAAGUUAAAUUAGAACUAGAGGUGACUUUGACUCCUGAAAUGUCAAGCACUGAUACUGUGGUCACAUGUUCUAUAAGUAAUAGUGGCACCGCAACGGUUACAUCGGCACUCAGUAAAACGGUGGCAACAGUAAUCCCACCAACAACAAUAGUUUGUCUCCCAACAGUAGUAACAACGGCCCCGGUAACGACACAACAGCCCGUACUCAAUCAAGUAUCUCAAACAGUGAAUUUGAAUCGUCAAGGCAUGGUGCAGAGUUCAAGUGCCAUACCUUACAUGCAACUGAGCACCAGUCAGCCGAUUAGAGCAGUACCAACACAUAGUAAAGCGAAAACGACGAAUAAAUCUGCCGGGGGCACGAACCGAAAUCGAAGCAAUAAUAAACCACCUCCUGGUGCCGUCAAUCUUGAACGAAGUUAUCAAAUUUGCCAGGCUGUGAUUCAAAAUAGCCCCAACCGAGAUCAGCUUCGCUGUCAGUUAAAGCCUCCGCCCUCGUUAUUAGCGGCUGCUACGGCAACUUCUAAUCCUGUAAAGAAAACCGAAAACAAUAAUCGUCCGACACAGUACGGAAGCGUAAGUUCUUCUCGUGGCUCCACCAAAACGUUUACGCCCCCAUUGCCUGCUUCUGGAAAUUAUCAAAUGGUUCCUGGUACAAAUGGUGUCAAAGCGCUGCCGCAGAAGGCUCGGAUGGCCUAUCAACAGAGACAACCCAGUCCACCUGUGGUGGUACGUCACGUGUUUACAUCCGGACAAGGUAUUCCUGUCACGAUGGCUGUACUUCCCCAGGCUCAAACACUCAGCCCUGAAGUAGUUGAAGGCCAGCCUGCGAUGAGUCAAGUAGGUCAGUACAUUCUAGUGCAACGUGCAGGACUUGGUGAACAUCACGGUGUUCCCCGAUCUUCGAGCGCUCCGCCGCCGACCCAGCCGCAAAUUUCAUGUCCCAUAAAUGCCGGUGCCAUGUCUCACAUGGUAUCUGUGGGAUCAAGAGGCGGUCGCCCAGCUAGCGUAGAGAUCGAAAACCCCGCCAUUCAACAGCAGCAACAGCAACAACAGCCUCCCCCCGCUGACUUCUUUGUUCAGUGUCCUAACCCUGGUACGCAGGCCGUAACUCGUCGUCAACGCGUGCCACAGGGCGUUAUCUACGGCGACGUAAGCGUCGACAACCAGAUGCAGAAUUACACGAUAAUAGGCGAUAAUGUGAUGAUUGACCAUCCGGCUGCUGCGAUGCAGUCUCAAAUGACGCUUGCACAAAAAGGUGCGCAUGCACAGCAGGUAACUGCACGUGCUGCUGUACCCGCACCGAAUGGCAACGGAGUAAUAGCCGCAGCCGCGUCCCCAUCUGAACCUCCAUGCGCGUGCAGACUUAAGGCGAUGGUGAUGUGUAAAAAGUGCGGAGUCUUCUGCCACGACGACUGUAUAGGACCAAACAAGCUGUGCCGCACUUGCCUGAUACGGUAGGAGGUGUGACGACCGUUUUAUAUUUUUUAUUUUAUUUCGUACGCUUCCUACUGAUUUUCUUAUUUUUGAUUCCUCGCUGGUUGUUUGUUAUAAUUAAUUAUUGGCGUUUGGUUUUAAAGCGCGUGAUAAAAUGGUUUUUGGCAGGUAAAUUUUUGCCGAUCGAGUAUACGAAUAUAACUUGUUUUAUUGACUUAAAAAAUAAAUAGAUUUCGUUUUGAAAUUUAUUAGUAAUGAAAUAUUAAGUGAUACAUUUUAAAACGGCUCUUAAUAGUUUUUUAUUACCGUUUUCGGAAAUAUAAUUUAACAUACUUCGGAGUAAAGUACAUAGUCAAUAGAACAAGUUAUACAUUUGCUGUUCUAGUCGGAUUAUUUGUGGUUUGUAAUGUUUGUACCGUAUCUUUUGUGAUCAUUGAUCACCAUGUGUCGUCUUUUUUGUUUCGGUUUCAUGCUAAAUUAAGCAAUUUUUAGGUUUACCUACCAGAAAACUUUAAUUCUAAAGUACUUACUUUUAAACAAUAAACUCAAGUACUGUGGUAGAAGAAACUCAAAGACUUCAUUAUUAUUAUUAUUAUUAUUAUUAUUAUUACGAUAUCGAUAGUUCGAGUAUUACUUUUCCAAUAUUUCUUUGCAAAUGUAAAGUUGUUUAUUUUUUAAUUUAAUGUCCUCUCGUUUUACAGAAUACUCGUUAGUGUACAUAUUAUAUAAUAUAGAGAUAAUAAGUUGCAAAGAAUGCAGUGCAACUUCUUUUUUUAUCAUAUGCUAUAUAAUACGCAUUUUAUUUUUUUACUUUGCAUUAACGGAUUAUCUUGUAUUAUAAGUUAUUUAUUUUUGCGUUAUUAGAUACAGUUCCCCAUAUUAUUUCCCUAUACUCGCGUUAAGAUGAAAAUAUUAAUGAAAACGUAAUUAAUCUACUAGAUCGUUCUUUCCUUAUAAUGAUCUUACUAAACCAUAAGAACACGAGCUCCUUGGUUAUCGUUACAUCGUUUCCACGAUUGACACCAAUAGUUUUCGCAUUUCAUAUGAUCAUAUGAAAUGAUUACUUUCGUCAGAUGAUUUUUAUAUUUCAGAAAGCUAAAACUUGAAUAUUUGAGCCUCAUUAGUGCUUAGAAUUUAUUCUCAAUUCACGUAAAUAUAUUUAUGAAAGUAAUAAAUGUACAUUAAAAAAAUCCAGGCAGUUUGUUUGUUUAGAUCCUAAGAAUUUUUUGUAUCAAAAAGUUUAUCUUUUAUCAUUUCUUUUACAACUUUAUUGGGGCAUAUAUUUGAGGAAAGUAGUCAUUAUCUGUUGUCGUUAAUUAAUUUCUUUUUCACAUUUCUUAAUGAUGAUUUCAAAUUUUCCACUAAUGUUACAUUUUUAACCAUGUAAAGCGUUAUUUCUAAAAUUGAUUGUACACCGUUAUAUGGACGGUUUAUCUGAUAAUUGCUUUUAUAAAAGCGAUCUACCCAACAUAAAUUUUUGAAUGUUAAGCUACCUCAGGUUCUGGCAUAAUCUCUUUUAGUGACUUGUGCAAUAAAUAAACGUUAUAUUUAA